AUGGUGCCAAAUUAUCUCCUCGUCCUGACCUUGGCAGUGGCCGUCAGUGCCCGAACUGCGACCACAAACCACAACAAAGUUGAGGCGAGGAGUUCAGAGGACACCGUCGUAGGGGAUCUCAAAAUCGCAUACGAAACAUAUAAAGACUGCAGUGGUAGCGACAUCGCCAAUUGCCUGAAAUUCAAACUGGCCAAGGCCUUGAACAGGAUAUCGAAGAGCGACGAAAUCUCCAUCCUGAGUGGCGUGACGAUAUCUAAAAACAAAGACGCAGUCCAAAAUGUGGAAGUUGAAGAAGCGAUUCCGAGAGGUCUUGACGAGAGCUCGAUGGACAACCUUAUCUUGGACAAAAUCGUUGGAUUCAUGCAAUCUCAUACCAUCCAGGUCAAAUUCCCAACCGGCUCAGAUCUUCAACGCGCGUUCGCGGAAGACCGCGGCAGGAGGAAGAAGUUGGCUCCCCUCCUCGCUAUCCCCCUUUUAAUCGGGGGUAUGAUGGUCCCCCUGGCCUUUGGAGCCCUCGCUUUGCUGGCUGGAAAGGCUCUGAUCGUGUCCAAGUUGGCUCUGGUCCUAGCUGGUAUCAUCGGGCUGAAGAAACUCUUGUCUUCGAACGGAACUGGUGAAGCUCACGAAGUUGUGGUCUCGGCUGGACACGGAGGCGCUGGGUGGAGCAGGUCCUUAGAAAACGCUCACGACCUAGCAUACAACGCUUACACCCAAUAGAGGAUAUCGAC